UAUCAGUGAAUGCAAUAGAGCCAAUGCAUUUGACAGACAGAUCUAUGAAAAAUACGCAAAUAACCAAAUGUACUUGACAUUUUGAUCAUACCCAACGGAAUCAGUGGUUUAUGUACGUUACACACUCGAUGCGGGGAGAAAGUUGCUGGACAUGUUUUCCUGAAAGUGUGUUAUUAUUUCACCGUGUGCAACAUUGUAGCCACUGUACUUACAUGGAUUUGUGGUUGAACAACAAAUAUCCCAAAUCCCGUGUUUGAAUGGUUUCGAUGCAAGUUGUUUACUCUAUGGCCUGAAGAAAAGUUGUCGAACUCGAAGUAAAUGUUAUCUGUUGCGCACGAUCCCGUAGUGGAGCUGCAUACGUUCGACUUUGGCCCAAAGGAAAUUGGCUCCGUAGAACUCGCUGUCAUAUACAUAAAAUGAUAUUGAAACAGGCCCCACACAUGAAUGAGGGACAUCUGGGGAUCCAGGGCCGCCGUGACCCUUAACAGCAGCAAACUUCUUCAGAUCUGACUUGAGGGAGGAGGUGUGUGUUCUCCGCCCUCUACUCUUUCCUGUAGGACUUAUGUUUCCUCCCGAGUCCCUCUGUUCUCACCGUUAAACAAAGCAGGACACAACGGUCCCAGACCGAGGCAGUGUAGGCAGAAAUACUUGGCCUCGUCCUUGUUUUUUACUCAAGUGACUGGGGAUAUAUAUAAAGGAUAUAUAUAUAUAUAUAAAGGACCUCAACUUUUUUACCCGCUGUUUUUUUUUUUUAGCUUGAUGAUUAUAGUAUGAGUCAUCCUCCCCAGCAGAAAGUGAUCCCUGAUAAGAGUGGGGGCAAACAUCGGGCUGCAGCUGCCAUGAAGGAGCCCACAGUGCAGCACGCGGGGGAUGUCUUCUAUGGCGGUAUGGGCCCCCCGGCUCUGGAGUCUGCUCACAGGGUAGGGGAGCCUGGAGGCCACGGCUCUGGGGUCUUCAACCCAGAGAAGGGGCCCCAAAGUCGUGCACACUAUCAGCAGACUGCCUCUGUCAAAUGGAUGCACCAGGACCACAUCCAAGCUGCUGGCUGGUCUCAGGAUGCUUCCGGGCCCCUGCCAACCAAUUCAUGGGGGCAGAACUUUAGCCCGUAUAUGGACGGCUUGAACAACGUUAGGGUCCAGAUGGCCUUCCCCAAAGGGAGCCACGAUGAAGGAGCUGCUCUGCAAAUGGGGCCAGCAGAGAAACAGGCUCCAGGUUCCAUGGAGGUUUACAGGGAGGCAACCCAAGCUCAAGCCCAGGCUAGGGGCUUAGAGUGGGGGCAGCAAGCUGCGGCAGCCGCCAUGCGUCAAGCCCAGCUCCAGGCCUUCCAGCAGGGCCAUAAGGGUGUAGAUCUCCAGGCUCAGCCCCCCCAUGCCCCCUCCUCUCACCCCACCAUGCAACCAGGGUCCUUGAUGCAGCCCAUCCAGCUGGCGUUCGGACCCACCAAACAGCACCUUUCAUCUGGGUACUACCCAGUGUUCCAGGGGGGCACCAAGGCCAUGCCCAACCUGAGCUACAACGAGCAGCCAAAAACCCAACAACAACACCAACUGAUGCAGCUUCAGAUGCAACAGCAGCAACAACAACAGCAGAAGCAGCAACAACAGUUACAUCAGCAGCAUCAUCAACAACAACAACAGCACCAGUUGCAGCAACAGCUCCAGCACCAAAUACAACAGCAUCAGAUCCAACUGCAGCUGAAUCAGCAGUAUCACAAGCAGCAAAUACAACAGGAGCAACGGCAACAAAUGCACCAGCAGCAGCUUCAACCGCCACACAGUUUACCACCGCAGGAAAUACUGCAGCCGCAGUCUCAGCAAAAGCAGCAGCCAAACCAACACUUCCUGAGUUAUAACCAGCCCCCUGACAACUGUCCGUCUAGAGCUAGCCCCUCAACCCCUCAGAAGGACAUGCCUCUGUCUGUGGAGAAUCAGGGACAGGGACAUACACUGGAUGUAGAGACCCCGUCCGCUGACCCAUCAAGCACAUCCUCCGACCCCUGCCCCCCAAAACUCACAUCAGACCCCAUGUCACCCUCAGACGCAUCUCCGGCUGCCCCGCGUCGCUCCCGCCGCCUCUCCAGAGACGGUCUAUCACCACUCGUGGACCCUCCCUCACUAUCCCCCUGGAACCAGACCUUCAGAGAGGUACCCCAGAACGGUGUGGUAGCCAGACGAGAAGGGGGGGGAACACAGGGGCCGACUGGGGGGGUUAUCCAGAGUACGCGCCGGAGGAGGAGGGCGUCGAAAGAGAUCAACUUGGAGACUCUGGCCCAGAAGGCUUCCGAGAGGGAAUCACUGCCCUCCUCCAAGAUGGCCAAGCAGGGGGAGGGUCUUAUGGGCAGACAAGCUGGUAUGGUGCCCCUGGUUAUCCCCGUGUCUGUGCCAGUGCGCCAGGGUCAGACAGGCCCUCCGGGCCAGCACGCCCUGCUCCCACCCCAGCCCCAACACAAGCCCUCGGUCAUUGUAGCGAGCCGCCGCUCACUGAGGAAGUCCCUCUCGGAGAGCUUCAGCCAGGACGGGGAGGGCGAUGCUGGUCAGGACGACGAUGGGAAAUUGGCCAAGCACAAAUGGCGGCCUCGUCCCGAGCCCCUCUUUAUCCCGCCACCCAAACUGGCUACGUUCAUCGCCCCCUCAGUCUACUCCGCCAUCACUCCCUACCAGAGCCACCUGCGGUCGCCCAUCCGCCUGCCCGACCACCACUUCACCCUGCCGCCCUACACCCCGCCGCCCAUCCUGUCGCCGGUGCGCGAAGGCUCUGGUCUCUACUUCUCCACCUUCCUGUCUUCUAUCGCCGCCAGCAACCAGACCCUGCAGCCGCCACCCAACACGCCCAAGUCGGCCUCGCGCAGCCUUCUGCGAUCCACCAGCUCUACAGACAUCACGCCCCCAGUCCUCCCUUUGAUCACCGACGCCACACCUGUCAGCUUUGAACCGCGUAUUAACAUUGGCCUGCAGUACCAGGCGGAGGUACCAGAGCUGCAGUGUGACCGCUCGCUGACCCAGUGGGACCAGCACAAGGCUGACCUGGUCUGGCUCCCCAUGAAGGCGUCCCUGCUACGCCACGCAGAGCAGGAGACCGUGGACGACCUGAUGAGCUUGGCCUGCUCCAGCGCUCUGUAUGGCGGUGGCACCAAUCAGGAGCUGGCCCUCCACUGUCUGCAUGAGUGCGGGGGAAAUGUCCUUGAGACCCUGGCGUUCCUGCUGCUCAAGGAGCCCGUUUUCUCUGAUGGCCACCACCUGGCAGACUAUCACUACUCAGGAUCAGACAGUUGGACUCCCUCAGAGAAGCGCUUCUUCAAUAAAGGCAUCUCUACCUACAGGAAGGACUUCUUCAUGGUGCAGAAACUGGUGCAAACAAAGACAGUGGCCCAAUGUGUGGAGUUUUACUACAUGCAUAAGAAACAGGUGAAGAUCAGUCACAGUGGAAGCGUUACCUACGGACCUGCAGAGUCCCCAGCAGAUAGACACACAGAGGCAGUAGUGGAUUUUAAGAGCUCUCAGGGAUCAAAACCAAGUCAGGAAGAAGUUGACAGGAAGUGGGAAGGGUCAUGUGACAGGGGUCAAGAUUGCAACCAGUCCAGGGUUACUCAGACACUACAGGCUCACGACAAUACAGGAGCAGUGCUAGGGCGCAGGGACCAGGAUGCUGUACACAAGGUUGGUCCUCCCCAUCCAACCCUUCCCUCUGCAGCCAGAAAACCUCGUCCCGAGGCGGGGAAGAAGAGCCGAGCGCCCCCAAAGCCCCCCGGCGACCCAGAGGGCGUGUUCCCCUGCAAGAAGUGUAGCAGGGUGUUCUUCAAGGUGAAAAGCCGCAGCGCCCACAUGAAGAGCCACGCUGAGCGGGAGAAGAAGGAAGCUGCACUCAAACUCAAAGAGGAGGAGGAGCAGCGAGCGGUUGAGGCGGAGGCACGGGCCAGGGAGGCAGCAGAGGUUAUGCAGAAUGGGAACGGGAGUGGGAAUGGAGCAGGAGAACAGGAUGAGGUCAGUGAUGAGGAUGUGCCUUCAGAGACAGAAGAUGAAAAGGACGAGGACUGGCAGUGAGAGAGGGGAGGAGGGAGGGGGGGCUUGAGAGGGAAUGAAAGACAUAUCCCACUCCCGGAAAAACAAACGAGUACAAAUAAUCUUUGUACCUGAAACAAUGAGAUUGAGGAUGGAGGUGUUCCAGGUCAUCAUUACAGAUGUGCUGCACAGACGAUCAGAUCUUACAACACCCAGGGAGGUGUUGAGUCUAAGGAACCACAUAUACAGUGCCUUCAGAAAGUAUUCAUACCCCUUGACUUAUUCCACAUUUUGUUGUGUUACAACCUGAAUUCAAAAUGGAUUACAUUUAUUUUUCUCACCCGUCUACACACAAUACCCCAUAAUAACUAAGUGAAAACAUGUUUUCAAAUGUGUUGAAAAUGAAAUACAGAAAUAUCUCACUCACAUAAGUAUUUUCAGUUCUGAGUCAAUACAUGUUAGAAUUACCUUUGGCAGUGAUUACAGCCUAGUCUUUCUGGGUAAGUCUCUUAGAGCUUUACACACCUGGAUUGUACAAUAUUUGCACAUUCUUAAAAAAAUUAUUCAAUCUCUGUCAAGUUGGUUGUUGCUCAUUACUAGACAGCCAUUUUCAGGUCUUGCCAUAGAUUUUCAAGCCGAUUUUAAGUGAAAACGGUAACUAGGCCACUCAGGAACAUUCAAUGUCGUCUUGGUCAGCAACAGGUUAUUGUCCAGCCUCUCUCUCUAGGAUGUUGCCUGUGCUCAGCUCUAUUCUGUUUAUUGUCCAGCCUCUCUCUCUAGGAUGUUGCCUGUGCUCAGCUCUAUUCUGUUUAUUGUCCAGCCUCUCUCUCUAGGAUGUUGCCUGUGCUCAGCUCUAUUCUGUUUAUUGUCCAGCCUCUCUCUCUAGGAUGUUGCCUGUGCUCAGCUCUAUUCUGUUUAUUGUCCAGCCUCUCUCUCUAGGAUGUUGCCUGUGCUCAGCUCUAUUCUGUUUAUUGUCCAGCCUCUCUCUCUAGGAUGUUGCCUGUGCUCAGCUCUAUUCUGUUUAUUGUCCAGCCUCUCUCUCUAGGAUGUUGCCUGUGCUCAGCUCUAUUCUGUUUAUUGUCCAGCCUCUCUCUCUAGGAUGUUGCCUGUGCUCAGCUCUAUUCUGUUUAUUGUCCAGCCUCUCUCUAGGAUGUUGCCUGUGCUCAGCUCUAUUCUGUUUAUUGUCCAGCCUCUCUCUCUAGGAUGUUGCCUGUGCUCAGCUCUAUUCUGUUUAUUGUCCAGCCUCUCUCUCUAGGAUGUUGCCUGUGCUCAGCUCUAUUCUGUUUCUUGUAAUCCUAAAAAUAAAAAUCAACUCCCUAGUGACAAGUUUAUCCAUAACAUGAUGCAGCCACCACCAUGCUUGAAAAUAUGAAGUGGUACUUAGUGAUGUUUUGUUGGAUUUGCCCCAAACAACACUUUGUAUUCAGUACAAAGUUAAUUUCUUUGCCACAUUUCUUGCAGUUUUACAAUAGUGCCUUAUUGCAAACAGGAUGCAUGUUUUUGGAAUAUUUUUAUUCUGUACAGGCUUGCUUAUUUUCACUUUGUCAUUUAGGUUAAUAUUGUGGAUUUACUAUAAUGUUGUUGAUCCAUCCUCAGUUUUAUACUAUCACAGCAAUUAAACUCUGUAACUGUUUUAAAAUCACCAUUGACCUCAUGGUGAAAUCCCUGAUCAGUUUCCUUCCUCUCCGACAACUGAAUUAGGAAGGACGCAUGUGUCUUUGUAGUGACUGGGUGUACAACAUCCAAAUUGUCUUCAAUAACUUGCUCAAAGGGAUGUUCAAUGUCUACAUUUAUUUAAAUGUUUAACCAUCUACCAAUAGGUGCCAUUCGUUGCGUUGGAAAAACCUCCCGGGUCUUUGUUGUUCAAUCUGAGUUUGAAAUUCACUGCUCCACUGAGGGACCUUACAGAUAAAUGUGUGCGUGGGGUGCAGAGAUGAGGUUGUCAUUCAAAAAUCAUGUUUAACCCUUAUUGCACACAGAGUGAGUCCAUACAACUUAUGUGACUUGUUAAGCACCUUUUUACUCCUGAACUUAUUCAGGCUUUCCAUAAUAAAGGGGUCGAAUACUUAUUGACUCAACACAUUUCAGCUUGACAUUUCAGUUUGAAUUAUUUGUGAAAAUGUCUAGAAAUAUCAGUCCACUUUGACAUUGAGGCAUUGUAUGUGUGUGUAAGCCAGUGACACAAAAUCGAAAUGAAAUCCAUUUUAAAUUCAGGCUGUAACAACAAAAUGUGGAAAAAGUCAAGGGGUGUGAAUACUUUCUGAAGGCUCUGUAUAUGAUUUAGCAAACUUCAGAAAUGCCCGGUGCGACCUGCAAUGUCCACUUUGUCUCACAUCAGUGCCACAACUUGACUUGUUUUUAAUUGCUUUUCCAACUCCACAUAUUUCAAACCAUUUUUUUUGUGUUUGUUUUUCACAAGGAAAUGUGAAAUGAUUUGUAAAUGCACUGUAUUAUAUUCUACUGCUUUUGCCGAUCUCACUUCUUUUAUAUCACUUUAAUUGAAUAUCUAUAUUGGAAUAUCUAUUUUGCUAUUAUUGGAAUAUCUAUAUUGUUAAUUCUUUGUGUGGACUAUAGAUCUAAUGUUUGUUCUUAAUAGUUUGUACACAUCGGCCGUUUAAACAAACUAGCUAUACUCUGUGGAUACCUGUUUGUGCUUACUAAAUCAUGAUCAAAGAGAUUUUUCACUUUGAUAAUAUCCACCUGUGUUCUAAAAUUGGGGCUAAUGUAGAUAUCACCUUGUAUGAAUUCUUCGUAACUUUUUUAAAGGAAAAUAUUGUGGGGACAUUUUUAAGAAUUGUCAGCAAACUCUAAGGUUGAAUUGCACAUUUUAAACUACAAAGGGACCUUUAACAUCAAAUGUGUGUGUUUUGUGUAUAAAAAAUGUUUAUUAAAAAGUAAUAUACUGUACCUCUAUACAAAAAA